AUGGACCGCAGCUCCGAGCACCGUGGGGACCCCGGGGGGGAAGACGGAGAUGUGGCUAACCUGUCCCCCAAGCUGUCCGGGAUCAAGGCCACCUCCGGCCCCCACUCCCCGGCCGAACCGCCGGAGCCGGAGCCGGGGACCGUAGAGGCUUCGGAGGGAGGCGCCGCGGAGGACGAGCCCGCCGAGCCCCGGGAAGCGCCGGCGGCCACCGAGGCUGUGGACCAGGCGGGACCCGGGGAGCCGGAGCCGCCGGCCGAGGCUGAGACCGAGCCGGAACCCGGGGAGCCGGCCGACGCCGGGCCUGAGGAGACAGCCCAGCCGGGGCCCGGAGGCGGGUCCGCGGAACCGGAGGAGAGGGCGGAGGAGGAGGGGGAGGAGGAGGAGGAAGAGGGGGAGGAGUCGGAGGAGGGAGCGGAGGCCGCGGCAGCGGCGGUCAAGGGGAGGAGGAAGAAAGCCCCCUCGGCGGUCUCUGUGCCGCUGUCCACCACCGGCCCGGAAGAGGCUGCGCCAACCCGGGAGGCUGAGCAGGAGGAGGGGGAGGAGGAGGAGGAGAGCGAGGAAAUCAAGGCGAGGGGUGUGCAAGGACGCCCGGUGAAAAGCAAGGAAAAGGAGGAAGGUGAGAGACUGGACGAGGGGGAGGAUGAAUGGACGGAGGAGACGCAGAAGCUGCAGGAGCACCAGCUGCGCGCGGAGCUCCUGGAACAGUACCAGUCGCUGGUGGUAGAGCGCAGCAACUACCAGCGUUACAACAUGUACCUGCAGCACAAGAUCUCCGAGGCGCUGCGCAAGAAGAAGGGCCUGGAUGCGGCCGAGGUGCCUGACAAGCCCAUGGAGCCCGAGGCCCCAGAGAAAGAGCAAGCAUACCUCCGCCAUCUGGCCUUGCUGGAGGAGCUGAGGAAGCAACAGGCAGACGACCUGGACUGGUAUCAGCAGGAGCUGAACCAGCUCAAGAAGCAGUGCAAGGAGGUGCUGUCCAGCGUGGAGAAGGAAUGGGCAAGCUUCCAGGCACUCAAGAAGCAGGUGGUGAUGCAGGCCAUGGGCAGCUGCCGGAUGCGCGGCGGUCGCCAGGCCGCUCUGCGAGAGGUGGAGCAGAUCCAGGCGCUGGAGGAUAAGAAGGAGAAGGAGAUGCGCGCCUUGAGGCUGGAGAACGUGCAGCUAAAGCAGAGCUUGGUGCAUUUUGAAACGCGGACGAGGGCCCAGGAGGACCUGACGGAGGGGCUGCUCCUCAUCGAUUUUGAACAGCUGAAGAUUGAGAACCAGACCUUCAAUGAGAAAGUGGAGGAGCGAAAUGAGGAACUUUUAAAACUGCACAACAAGAUGACCAACAACGUGCAAAUAAUAACCCACGUGAAGGAGAAGUUACACUUCGUGGACAUAGAAAAUGUGUGCAAAAAGACACAGCUUUUGGAAAUUGAGGCUCAGGUGGCCCUGAGGAGGGACAUCCUGACCAGGAGGAAGCAGGUCCGGGACAGCCUGCGGGCUGACAACAUCAAGCUGAAUCAGAAGUGCGGGCUUCUGGGCAAGGAGCUGCUCCUUCGGGACAUGGAAGAGAAGGUGGACAGGACAGAAGUGCUCAACCAGCGCCUAGAGUCCCUGAAGCGCCAUCACGCUGGGCUUACUAUGUCCUGCAGAGGUAUGAAGCAGAAGAUCAGGGAGGCCAAAGCCUUUCUCCCAUCUUAACACCCACGAUCAGAAGAGUCAGCAGAACGUCUUUGAUCUCAGCAACUUUUAACCUUCGUUAACUUUUAUUCUCCACUUGUGGCCCUCUUUCAAAGGCCU